AUGAAUCCGAAUGAGUUCUUAGGAUCGCAGACUGGUGAAGAUCCUCAAAAUUUCUUGGAUGAUAUCAAGAAGUUCUUUGAGGUGAUGCAAUUCACUGGGAAUGAUCGGGUUGAGUUGGCAUCAUACCAGCUGAAAGAUUUGGCUCAUAUCUGGUACACUCAGUGGAAGGAGAAUACGGGUAUAGAUGUAGCUCCUACUUGGGAUUUCUUUAGUGAGACCAUUCUAGAAAGGUUUUUCCCAAUAGAGCUGAGAGAAGCAAAGGCUCAGGAAUUUAUGAACAUAAGGCAAGCACCAGCAAGUCACCCGACACAGCAGAGUAACUCAUCUGGUACAUGUGGCGGUCAGCGCCAGAACAGGUUGUACGCUCUUCAGGCUCUCCAGGAUCAGGAAGGUUCUCCUAAUAUAGUCACUGAUAUAGGGGAUAUUGUAUCCUUUGUAACUCCUUACAUAGUAGUCCAAUUGAGUGUUAGUCAAGAAACUCUCUCAGAACCUUUCUCAGUCUCUACUCCAGUUGGUGACCCUGUUAUAGCCAGACGGUUGAACUUAAAGAAUAGAAAAAGCAGUCACCUUUCAGAUAAGGGCUUCAUCAGACCUGGUAUUUCGCCAUGGGGUUCACCAGUAUUGUUCGUAAACAAGAAAGAUGGUUCUCUCAUGAUGUGGAUUGACUAUACGCAGUUGAAAAAGGUCACAAACAAGAAUAAGUAUCCCAUCCCCAGGAUUGAUGACUUAUUUGACAAACAUCAGGGUGCUAACCAUUUCUCAAAGAUAGAGCUUAGAUCAUGUUAUCAUUAA